GAUCUUGCCAACGAGAUUGGUAUGAGUGUCAUGGAUAGCGCCUUCGCGCGAGUACUCCAGUCCGGCGUCAAUGGAGUGGUCAUGGUGCUGGAUGACCGCAUUGAGCCUCUCACACGAGUGUGGUGCUUGUUCGAAUUCCUGCUCGUCAGUCGACUUCGCUGUGAUCCUGUUUUCGUCACAGACCUCGGAGUGCUUGGGGAUGAAGGAACUUCACCCGAAGUCGCCUUGGCAGUAGGCCGCAAGCUGGAAACGCUUCAAGUCGCUCACUGUCACGCCUCCCGUGAGGAGGACAAGCAGAAGAUCUUCGAGUACAUCCGAGCCGAAGUCGGCAGCCUAGAGGACAUGGACAGCCAGAUCAAGCAGCGGAUGGGCAGCAUUCUCCGCCAGACACUGCAGAAUUUGGAGAAUCUGCAAAGUGCGACGCAGAACCUGAUGUUGCAGAUGGUCUGGGGGGAGGGGUCGUUCGAACAAGUUUGA